CUUCGAAUGACUGCUCGUGCAUUUGCUCUUCGCUCCCCGUUCCAACGCACCACCGAGCCAUGUCUUUUUUACGCUCGCAGAGCUCCCUCCGGCUCUCACGAGCGUGCACCACACAGAUUCCGCGAUCGUCGACGAGAUGGCUAUCAUCGACGCCGCAACGGCGACUGGGUGAACCCGACCCUAAAGCUAUCCCGGACGUCCAGGCGAUGCAGAUGACCGAGGACCAAGCCUCCAUGGUCGAGGUCGCCCGUCAGCCCGAAGGUGGUGUCGCCGUCGAAGGAUACCACCCGGACCACCAGCCAGACUACACCGCCACCAUAGACCACGGAACGUCCACCUACUCCCCAGUCCCGAAGCGAGUCAUGAACGGCAGCGAACCUGGCGAGACCACACCCGCGGCCGUACUCUCAGGAGCUCCAGUCGACCUACAAGCCAGGACGGUCAGGAUCUACAAACCGGUCCGACCUGCCACACAAUCCGGGACGUGGGGUGGUCACGCCUGGCGGAUGGACUGGGACCCUUUGCCCAAAGGUCACCGGUGGGAGAAUCCGUUGAUGGGUUGGCAGUCCUCGGGGGAUUUCAUGCAGGGGACCAAACUCAACUUCAAGUCCAGAGACGACGCCGUCUCCUUCGCCGAGAAACAAGGCUACGAGUGGUACGUCCAAGAGCCCAACGAGAGACGGUUCGUACCAAAGGCCUACGCCAACAACUUUGUCCACGAGCCGGGCCCGUUGAAACACAUCAAGACCAAAUAAAUGAAUAAUAAGCUUGGGGAAAAAAGAAAGAGCCAAAGGAAGAUCGGGGAUGGGGGGGGGG